AAUGGCAGACAAAUGAUGCACUAAGAGACGGUGAUAGGGUGAUUGGAACAUUCAUAUUACAUAUGCAUACAUAUAUAAUUAUAAUUAUUGCUGAUCAAAAAAUUAUUAUAAUUAUAUAUAAAAGAGCCUACCAUCAUGUCUCCACUUGCCUUACGCAACCUAAUAAGCCCCAAAAUACAGAUUUUUGAUGUUGAGUUAUUUUCUUCUUUAAAUUCAAGAGAAAAGUGAACAACUCUCUGGGCUUUGGUUGUGGAGCUGUAAUCUAUCAUAAGUAAGCUUAGAAUCUGAUUUUCCGUAAAGCUUUAUCAAGAUAUUUUUGGUUUUCUGUUAUGGGUUUUGGUUGUACUGAAUUAGGUUCAUAGAUUCAUUUAACAUUUUCUGGUUUUAGGUGUUUGUUUGGGUGCUUAAGAUAUGUCAAUUGCAAACCCUGGAAAAAUUUCACGUUUUCUCCAAGGUGGUUUAUGAACACCUCAUGGAAACUUCGAAUUUUGAGAGGUGUUCUUGGUGACUUGUUAAAAUUUUCAGCUUUAAUAGUAGAAUUUCCAUAGUCACAAGGCAUAUAUAGAUAGAAUCACUAGCUUUUAGCUCUUAAGAGUAGUGGGGAUGUUUGAUGGCGGCAUGAUAAUGCCCUUUAAUUGUUCACUAAAAUAUCCACCAAUGUUUGUUGGUAAUGUAAAUAAGAAUAAACCCCUUUACAGAACAAGAUUUAAUCCAUCUAUGGCUAUAAAUCUCUCUUCAAUACUGCUACAAUCUGAUGAGGGUGAAAAAUUACCCCAAUCUAAGAAGAUUUCAAGAUGUCACACUUCUAAUCCUCUCCUUACCCAAGCAAAUACUGUUGGAAUCAUUGGUGGAGUUUCUGUUUUCUCAACUCUAAUUUUCUUGGAAAAGCUUGUUUGGUUUAGUUCAAGGGAUGGACAACAAAGCAUUCCUUUCGUUGUUUGUAGUGAUCCGGCAAUAAGCAGAGAUCUUUUAUUUUGUGGCUCAUUUCCUCACGUCAAUGGAAAAGACGCUCAAUUUCGCUUGAACUGUAGAACAAUAGUUGAGAAUUUGAGGGAUAAAAGGGCAUUUCUAGAGCAGUCUGGAGCUCGUUGCAUUGUUAUGCCGUGUCAUGUGUCUCACGCUUGGCUUGUUGAGCUAUCCACCGGGUGUUCUGUACCGUUCCAUAAUUUAGGUGAUUGUGUUGCCAUGGAGCUGAAAGAAGCUAAGUUGAAGCCUCUUGAAACCGGGAGUAAUGUGAGGAUCGGGGUACUCACUGCAAAUGGCACUUUAGUUGCUGGUUUUUAUCAGGAGAAACUACAGAAUCAGGGCUUUGAGGUUGUGUUGCCCGACAAAGCAACUAUGGAGCAUAUUGUAAUUCCUGCAAUUGAAGCAUUGAAUAGGAAGGACACGGAAGGGGCAAAGAAUCUUUUAACAAUCGCGAUUCACAUUCUUCUGGUUAGGGCAGUGAACUAUGUCAUCCUUGCUUCUGAUGAAUUUCAAGGUCUUUGGCCUCACGAUGAUCCUCUUCUUAAGAAAUGUAUUGACCCCAUGGAUGCUUUGGCCAGAUUCACUAUAAAUUGGGCACAAUCUACUGAAAAGUUACAAAAGCAGACUUCGAAAUAAAGUUCAUUAUUUCAGCCAUAGUAACAGUAAUGUUUGUAGUGAAAAAUCUUGAAUCCCUCUUGUCCUAUAUUGUUGUGCCGAUGAAGUUUUGUUAGCAAAACUACACAAGAAAUCAACCAUUAGACAUGAUUUGAUGAAUUCUAUGACCGAGCUUAAAGCA